AAUCUGCACAUAUAUUGUGUGCUAAAUUAAGGAAUUAAGAAAAAGAGUUUUGGAUAGAAACCUAAAUUUACAUGUUUCCUUUUUGUUCAUUUUAAAGAUUAUUUAUUCAUUCACUUAAACAUUUAUACAUUAAGUAUCUGAUGUAUUUCUUCUUUGUCAUUUCUACCUAUGGUAGCUUGAAUAAUAAAACAAGCUUAAAUAGUGGAUCAAUCAAUUGUAGAAAUUUUUCCGGUGAAAUUCACAAUAUUUAAACAAGCCAAUUCAAAUUAUCUUUUGUGUUAUCAGUUCCCUACUUAGCAAACAAACGAAAUAAUCAUGUCCAUAAGAACACCUUAUGAACGUUUACGUACAUUUUGCUCACAGUUAGCAAAAUAUAUUCCAGAAAUUCAAUUACAACCACCACAUACAAUUAAAAAUUACGGAAAUUGUCCAUAUUUUUAUAAAUUUCAUCUUGGCACAAAGGACUUAGUUGAAAAGUUCAAUGAUGAUAUAUUACCAUCGUCUAAUAAUACUUAUAGACUGUCAAAUGUACCAAGAGAAUCGAUUGGCACACAUUCAGAUGAGAUGAAAUUACAAGAUUUUCAGUGGUUAAUGAAUAAAAAGUUAACAUGUGUUUUAUUAUGGCUUGGUGUAAUCAUUUUAAUUGUUGGAGUAAUCGCAUUACAGAUUGCUAGUUUUUUCUUACAUAAACGACAAGAUAUAUUAUCGAUCGGGGUUGGAUGUUUAAGCUCUGGUCUUUGGCUCCUCUCUGUCACAUUAUUCACUUUUCUUCAUGCUCAUGUUUUUAUUUAUGAAAUACCUGAUGAUAAUAUCGAUGAACACCAAGAUGUGGUUACUAGGAGAAAAGAGAUUUCAUCCGAUAUACUGGUCAGUUCUACAUUAGACGACAUGUUCAUACCAGACAGUUUCAGAUAACUCAACAUGCUUGAAAUGAAAUUUUUGAUGAAAAUUAUCGUCUAAUAUCUAUCAGUCAUUUACUGAAUAAAUGAGGAAAUAAUUGAAAAUACUCAAGAAACACUAGAAACAUUAAGGAUAACCUCAGGUGAUCAAUUAACAUAAAACUAAGUCGUUUGAUUAUAACUUUGUUUAAAUUUAUUCACCUUUUUUUUAAUUAUCAUAAUCUAUUCAAUUGAUGAAUGAGAACAAACUUCUUUUUGUUUCUAUUUAUUAAACUGUAAUUUACUUCUUUUCAAUUAAAAAUAUUUCUGAUUCGUAUUCCCUCUCUUUUUUUCUACAAAUUUUUCAUCUAACCGAAAAACAUAUUUG